AUGGCGUCGUCAAAGGAUGAUCCAAUAUUUAAUGACAAUACAUGGAAUUAUCAUGCGGACACCGGCGAAAACUGUGCACCCGGUGGAAUAAAUGAGAUUAAACAAGCAUCUAUGUCAGGUAACUCUGGAGUUUUACCUGAAAACUUAUAUGGAAGAGCAAAUUUCACCAAUGAUGUUUAUAUUAACAAGCCCUUCAACGUGCAGAAUGGAGAUAUUGGCCCAAAUAAAGAAGAAAAAAUGUCUUUUAACACCAUGCCGAAUGUAAAUCGUAUGAACCGUCAAAAUUAUGGCAAUGCUAUGCUUAACUUAGGAAAUGGCCAAGUAGUCAGAGUGUUUUAUGAUGAAAAUAACCAGCAACUAAUAUUCCCUAUGUCUGGUCAGUAUGAAUUAUUUAAUCACAACCAAAAUUUGUGUGAUGUGCCUUUGCAGUCUCAGCCAUCUCACUUAUUUACUUUAAAUCAAGAAUUUACUUCAAACAACAAUGUUCAUGUUUCACCAUCUACAGCUACAAUACAACCUAGUUCUUAUAACUCAGAAAAUGGAAAUCAAACAUCAAAUAUGCAAACAUCCAAUUUUUUAAAAGAAGUACUAGGUAAUUGGGAACCAAAUUCUUCGGGUACUUAUUCUCCAUUUGGUCAAAAUUAUCCUUUGAAUCACCCAGAUGCUCCUACUAUUUCCACUAAUAUACCUACAGUAGAACCAAUAAUGACUCAAAUAAAACCAGAAAAUUCACCAAAAAGAAAUGAAAAUGUUCCUCUUUCUGACACAAGUAAUAAAAAGCGUAUAGUAGCUGAAGUGAAGCCAAUGAGACCAACUUACUCUGAUGUCUUAGCAAAAAAUUCUAAAAGUCCUCAGUCAGAAUCUACAAAGAAAGUUAAAUCACAAAAUAAUAUUGAAAAUAAAACACCCAAUAAACCUACUCUGAAACCAGAAAAAUUAAGUAAUAUAAAGCAUAUAAAUGAAGAAAAAUUAAAAAAUGAAAAAAAAACUCAUACUAAUACCAUUUCUUCUGGCAGUGAGUCUGGAGAUAUUAAUACUGAUGAUACUGAGAAAUAUCAAAAAACAAAUAAAAGGUCAAAGAACAAACGAAACAACAUGUCUCGAAAAUGGUCAUCACUUGAUGACAUAGCUAAUGAAGAAGGAAAUUUUAAUCAAGAAAAUGAAAGCCAAUUUGUAUUUAUAAAAAAUGAUUCAGAAAAAUCUCUGAAAAAAGAAAAAAAGCAUGAUAAGCCCAAACAUGAUGAUAAAAGUGCAGAUGAAGAUGAUUCUUUUAAGGUUGAAGAUGAUGAUAUGAAUUCACAAUUCAUACUUCAAGAAGGUCAGAAUGAUAGUAUGAAGGUAAGAAAAAAGAAAGAGAGAAAUCAUCACAAAAUUUCUAAAUCACUUCAAGAUAAGAAGAAAGUUAACCAAACUAAGUUGAGAAAAAACAAGCCUGGGUAUAUGGGUUUAGUUCAAGGUUACUUGGAACAUUGGGGAGGAGCAUCUUGGAAGGCAAUAGUUUGGUUCCUCUAUUUGCUUUCUGAUAUCUGUAGAAUGAGUCUCCAUCUUUCGUUUGAUUUGUGUACGUCUGUGUUUACCCAAACAUAUGUGAGUUCCCAAGCAGUGUGGCGUAGCACUAAGGAAUGGCUCUCGAAACUCGGUGAAAACAAAUACUUAAUGUACAUUGAUAGAAAAUUUGGACACACUCAGUUUGCUUUCUGGAGGAGAUUGAAAUGGUUUAAAAAAGAAACCGAAUUGGAUGCUGGCAAUGAAUCAAAGCUCAACUCGAAUAUAUCGCUGCCCGCUACUGGGGAGGAGGCUAUGAAACGGUUACUUGCUUGCAAAGGAAAAGAUCCAUAUAGCAUUCUAGGUGUGAGUGUAACGUGUACAGAUGAAGAGAUCAAGCGCUACUACCGCAGACAGGCGUUCCUCGUCCACCCCGACAAGAACCAACAGCCCGGGGCUGAAGAGGCCUUCAAGAUUCUGCAACACGCAUUUGAUCUUAUUGGGGAGCCGGAGCGUCGCGAGGCGUACGAGCGCCGCGCGCGGGAAUCUCGACACGCGGAAGCGGCGUGGGGCGAGCUCAGUGUGCUGCUGGCUCAGUUGCACGACAAGAUGGAGUUCGCUGCUAAUACUAUACGCUGCACGAACUGCGGGCGGCGCCACAAGCGCGUGGCGACGGAGCGGCCGUGCUACGCCGCGCGCUACUGCGCGCAGUGCAAGAUACGGCACUCCGCCAAGGAGGGCGACAUCUGGGCGGAGUCCAGCAUGAUGGGGCUGCUGGUGAUGUACUACGCGUGCAUGGACGGCGCCGUGUACCAGAUCACGCAGUGGGCCAGCUGUCAGAAAAAAAACCUGAAACAACUGCGGCCGGACUGUCACGUGGUGCAGUACCGCAUUGUGCUCGGCAACAAGGCGGCCGCCAACGACGCGCACCGUCCCUCCACCGGUCACGAUCCUAAUCUCGAAGAAUUUCUCAACAACUUGUACAGCAAGUCUGGCGCGUCACACAAUACGUCAAGCUCCAAGCCGCCGCCAAACGAAGCGGACGCGAAAAAGCGACGCAAUAAAAAACCUAAAGCU